UGCACGUGUAAUUCACGCAGACUUCCGCCUUACCUCCGCAUCCGCGGCUCUUUUGGAGAAGGCUAAUGUCUUGCUACGAAUUGCUGCUCGAGGAUCAGAUCUGGCAAGCCCGCCAUGAGCAGGUCCUCAAGGUCCUUGCAGGCGUCGCUGCCCACCAGCCCGUUCCCCUCCUCAGACGUCAGAUUGUCUACCGACCGGAUCGCGAGCCCGAAGAAGCCCUCUCUCACCUGAAGCGGGGCGGCAGCCAAGCCGUCGACCUCAAGACUGUAACCAAGACUGCACAGCAGAAACAACAGCAACAGGCCCGCGCGAGGGAUCUAUAUUGCACCAGGCUACACCAGGAAUUGGACAAGGACGACCUUGACCCUGCACGGCGCCGGCAUCACCACAAUGGCAACCACAACAACACCCUCAGCGCUGACGACGGAACAAGGUGGUCUUGGGUGUUUGAGGAGGUCCCAAUUGCUGGUGGCAGAGAUGGCUUAACCGUGAGGAAGGCCAGCAGCACCGAUUUCGUCGCUGGAGACCCUCACGCUUAUUUGAUCGACAAUGGCUACAAGUUCGUAACGGAGUACUACGUCUCAGGCCACCGGUUCAUGCAUGGCAACAUCGAACUCACUCUCUACCGCAUCCUCCACGAGCCCGACGUCCGCCUCUCACAAACUGCUCCGAAGAUCGUGCUGCCUAGCCUCGACGACCUGAAGCUCGUCGAUCCGAGCGGCGCUUACCUGGUCGAAGCCAAGUUGCGCGUCGAGGACAUCAACAUUGAGCCUUUGGCCAGGCAGUGCUGUCAGGAGAUGAACGAGUUCAGGGAGAUGAUGAAGGGCUGUGUCAAUUUUGAGGCUCCAGAUCGUCUGGAACUGGACUACAGGUUGAAGCCUGCCGAUACCCAGCGCGUUGCCCGGUAAUGGCAUGGUUUUCGGACGCAUUGAUACUGGAGUUAUACUCGGAUGCUACUACGAGCAGGUUCUUUUAGAAGCAUCAUGACGUGGCGUCGUUCUGGGAGUUUUGCUGACCUUGCUUCUUCUUCUGGUACGGCACGUCCUGGCACAGGAGCAAUUGGAUAGAAUUAUUUGAUGAUUAAUAAUGUAUAAGGGGCCUGUAGGCGGAGGCGGAUAUAGGCCAAUUGUCAGAUGGCUUCAACUCUUGUCAAGGGCUCGUUGAACAAAUGUUAAACAUUUCCAG